AAAACAUGAGAUAGUGGUUAACGAUACUCAUCACAGGCUUGACCACGGGGAGGGCAUGAUCGUGGACUGGGAAAGAUUCAGUGAGUGAAAGAAGUUCCUCCUUCUGAUCUGCUGACUGUUUCUAAAGGAGAGGGAAGCAAUUUCCUGAGUUCAGAAACUUGUGGACAGUAAAACAUGACUUACAUGUUAACGAUACUGACCUUAGUGCUUCUAAAGGUUCAAGAGAAUGUUCAUUCGCAAGAACAUGAUAUAAGGCUGGUAGGCGGCGACAAUCGCUGUUCAGGGAGAGUGGAGGUGCGGUACAAUGAACAAUGGGGAACGGUAUGCGACGAUGGAUGGGGAACUGACGACGCCACGGUUGUCUGCAGACAGUUGGGCUGUCCCUCUGUCGCAGCAGCAAUAACGGAGGCUCGCUUCGGGCAAGGCAGCGGGAAUAUCUGGAUGGAUGAUGUUGCGUGCAAUGGAAAGGAAACCGCCCUUUGGGAUUGUUCCUUCGGAGGAUGGGGGAAUAAUAACUGCAAUCACGGAGAAGAUGCGGGAGUGAGUUGUACGGAAGCGCCUAAAGUGAGACUGAUAGGUGGGAGCAAUCGCUGUUCCGGGAGAGUGGAAGUUCUGCACAAUAGCCAAUGGGGUACGGUUUGCGACGACGAUUGGGAGACAGUAGAUGCAGAGGUUGUUUGCCGUCAACUUGGCUGUGGUUCGCAUGCCGCUGCGAUUGGAUCAGCAGCAUUCAGGACUGGCCUGGGGCAAAUCUGGAUGGACGACGUGGCCUGCAUAGGUUCUGAGACUGACCUGUCUGAUUGCCGCUUCCGGGGAUGGGGCGUUCAUGAUUGCACACAUAGCGAAGAUGCAGGUGUUACUUGCCAAUCAGGGCCCGAAAUAAGGCUGGUAGGCGGCAGCGAUCGUUGUUCUGGGAGAGUGGAGGUGCGGUACAAUUCACAAUGGGGAACGGUAUGCGACGAUGAAUGGGGAACAGACGACGCCAAGGUUGUCUGCAGACAGUUGAGCUGCCCCUCUGGCGCCACUGCAAAAGCGAGUGCUCACUUCGGGGAAGGCAGCGGGAAUAUCUGGAUGGAUGAUGUUGCAUGCAAUGGAAAUGAAUUCGGCCUUGGGGAAUGUUCCUUCCGAGGAUGGGGUACUCAUAACUGCGGUCACGGAGAGGAUGCGGGAGUACCUCUGCGUCACAGAAUAAUUUCUUCUCAGAAUAUCAUUGUAGAACCCGAGAUAAGGCUGGCAGGCGGCAGCGAUCGUUGUUCAGGGAGAGUGGAAGUGCGGCACAAUUCACAAUGGGGAACUGUAUGCGACGAUGAAUGGGGAACUGACGACGCCAAGGUUGUUUGCAGACAGUUGGGCUGCCCCUCUGGCGCAGCGGAAAUAGCAAGUGCCUACUUCGGGCAAGGCAGCAGGGACAUCUGGAUGGAUGACGUUGCAUGCAAUGGAAAUGAAUCCGCCCUUGGGGAAUGUUCCUUCCGAGGGUGGGGUAUUCAAAACUGCGGUCACGGAGAGGAUGCGGGAGUGAAUUGUACAGAAGAGCCCGUGAUAAGGCUGGUAGGCGGCAGCGGUAGCUGUUCAGGGAGAGUGGAGGUACGGUACAAUUCGCAAUGGGGAACGGUAUGCGACGAUGAAUGGGGAACAGAAGACGCCAAGGUUGUCUGCAGACAGCUGGGCUGCCCCUCUGGCGCAGCAGCUUUGGCGAGUGCACACUUCGGGCACGGCAGCGGGAAUAUCUGGAUGGAUGACGUUGCAUGCAAUGGAAAUGAAUCCGCCCUUGGGGAAUGUUCCUUCCGAGGGUGGGGUACUCAUAACUGCGGUCACGGAGAGGAUGCGGGAGUGAAUUGUAUAGAAGAACAUGAUAUAAGGCUGGUAGGCGGCGACAAUCGCUGUUCAGGGAGAGUGGAGGUGCGGUACAAUGAACAAUGGGGAACGGUAUGCGACGAUGGAUGGGGAACUGACGACGCCACGGUUGUCUGCAGACAGUUGGGCUGUCCCUCUGUCGCAGCAGCAACAACGGAGGCACGCUUCGGGCAAGGCAGCGGGAAUAUCUGGAUGGAUGAUGUUGCGUGCAAUGGAAAGGAAUCCGCCCUUUGGGAUUGUUCCUUCGGAGGAUGGGGGAAUAAUAACUGCGGUCACGGAGAAGAUGCGGGCGUGAAUUGUACGGAAAAUCUCGAGAUAAGGCUGGUAGGCGGCAGCGAUCGUUGUUCGGGGAGAGUGGAGGUGCUGUACAAUUCACAAUGGGGAACGGUAUGCGACGAUGAAUGGGGAACUGACGACGCCGAGGUUGUUUGCAGACAGUUGGGCUGCCCCUCUGGCGCAGCAGCAACAGCAAGUGCCUACUUCGGGCAAGGCAGCGCGAGCAUCUGGAUGGAUGAUGUUACAUGCAAUGGAAAUGAAUCCGCCCUUGGGGAAUGUUCCUUCCGAGGGUGGGGUAUUCAUAACUGCGGUCACGGAGAGGAUGCAGGAGUGAAUUGUACAGAAGAGCACGAGAUAAGGCUGGUAGGCGGCAACGAUCGUUGUUUGGGGAGAGUGGAGGUGAGGCACAAUUCACAAUGGGGAACGGUAUGCGACGAUUUGUGGAAUGAUCAGGACGCCAAGGUUGUCUGCAAACAGUUGGGCUGCCCCUCUCGCGGAAUACCAAUAGGGAAUGCACGCUUCGGGCAAGGCAGCGGGAAGAUCUGGAUGGAUGAAGUUAAAUGCAAAGGAACUGAAUCAGCCCUUGAAGAAUGUUCCUUCCGAGGGUGGGGUAUUCAUAACUGCAAUCACGGAAAGGAUGCGGGAGUGGUUUGUGCAAAAGAGCCCGAGAUAAGGUUGGUAGGUGGCACCGAUCGUUGCUCAGGGAGAGUGGAGUUGCUGUACAAUUCAAAAUGGGGAACUGUAUGCGACGAUGGAUGGGGAACUGAAGACGCCAAGGUUGUCUGCAGGCAGUUGGGCUGCCCCUCUGGCGCAACGGCAAUACUGAGCGCACACUUCGGGCAAGGCAACGGAGAGAUCUGGAUGGAUGAUGUUGCAUGCAAUGGAAAUGAAUCCGCCAUUUCCGAAUGUUCCUUCCGAGGGUGGGGUAGUCAUAACUGCGGUCACGGUGAGGAUGUGGGAGUGGUUUGUGCAAAAGGUAGGCAUAGAACUAAAAACAUCUCUGUUCAUUCUAUCUCUCUUUUGGGAAUAACAAACUUUUUGUCUUUUAACAAUUAUUGCGGCUAUUUCCCAGAACCUCCGAUGGACGAUCUCCUCAUUGUUCCCUACAUGUCGAAGGUGCUGCAGCUGUUGCUCUUUUCCGCAAUACAGUCUUCUAAGCCCGAGAUAAGGUUGGUAGGUGGCACGGAUCGUUGUUCCGGGAGAGUGGUUCUUUACAAUUCAAAAUGGGGAACCGUGUGCGACGAUGGAUGGGGAACUGAAGACGCCAAGGUUGUCUGCAGACAGUUGGGCUGCCCCUCUGGCGCAGCGGCAAUAGCGAGUGCACACUUUGGGAAAGGCAGCGGGGACAUCUGGAUGGAUGAUGUUGCAUGCAAGGGAAAUGAAUCCGCCCUUUGGGAGUGUUCCUUCCCAGGUUGGGGUAUUCAUCUCUGCGAUCACGGAGAGGACGCUGGAGUGAACUGUACACAUGAGCACGAGAUAAGGCUGGUAGGCGGCAACGAUCGUUGUUCAGGGAGAGUGGAGGUUUUGCACAAUUCACAGUGGGGAACGGUAUGCGACGAUUUGUGGGAUGAUGAGGACGCCAAGGUUGUCUGCAGACAGUUGGGCUGCCCCUCUGGCGCAACGGCAAUACUGAGUGCCAGCUUCGGGCAAGGCAGCGGGAAUAUCUGGAUGGAUGAUGUUACAUGCAAAGGAACUGAAUCCGCCCUUGAGGAAUGUUCCUUCCGAGGAUGGGGUAUUCAUGGCUGCAGUCACAGUGAGGAUGCAGGAGUGAAUUGUAAAGGAGAUAAAAAAUACUCUAGAUUCCAGAGGGCAAGAAGCGGAGUGGCCGGAGCUAAAAGUUGGAGAUUCGGUGCUGAUCAGGGAUUGGGAGCUUCUCAAACUUGGAUCCCGCUGGAAAGGACCGUUCCAAAUACUACUGCAGACACCGACGGCAGUUAAAGUACAAGACCAGGAACGUUGGAUACAGCUCAGUGACUCUAAAAGAUGGCUCUCUGGCCGCAAUUAACCAUUUGUGGACUAAUUUCUUUAUUGUGUGUUGCAACUCAUUCCUUACAGGAAAACUUGCUUUUAUCAAGCUCAUAAACAAAACGCCUGGACGGUAAUCGUACUGCAUGCAAUCUUUUGGUACAACCACUGUUUGUUAAACACUGUUUGUAACCAAAGAAGGCAGAACUUAAAGGGAUAGAGUGAAAGUUUCGUAGAGGGGCUCGGGGAUAUUGUAUUGAGAAAAUAGGCAUAGGUGGUGACAAUGACGGAGCCUUUGAUUGUGCCAGGACCUACAAACGGCGUGUAACAGAGGACAAGCGAGAGCAGUUACCUAGUGCACGCUAUAAGAGCAACAGGGAUUAUGCCCUCUGUUUCACGGGGAAGGGAUGGGGAUGUGUCUUCUCCAGAGAACCCCGGGAAAUACCUUGCCUGGAGAAACCGUGUUUGGACGGCCGAUGUAAGAUAGACAAGGGAAUAUUCUCGCGAAUGUAUGAAAGAAAAAUGUGCGCCCCUCACUUGGGGAGUUCAGUGUGUCUGUGGAUAUUGUAAUGGGAUGCAUUUGUCAGCAGGUUCAGAGAGAUUUGAAUAUGCCUACCUGUAUCCCAAGGAGAGUUCAUGGUAUGAUCAGAAAUUAAUCCUUGAGAAUUCUUGCUCCGGCCAAGGCGGGAUAUGGUUUUAGCGGCACCUAUACUUCGGCCACCAACACCCUACCUACCCUCUUUGAGGUAGGGACCAUUAGACCAUUUUCUGUUCCCUGCCCCUGAAGGUCCACUUUGAACGACGACUGACAGCCAGGGUCGUGAGCAAGGAAUUUUGUGCUGACUGGAGGAAUUAUGUUACUCUGGGCUCUUCAUUGGGCUAUGGGCAUCUGAGUGCUUUCUCUCUAGGGGGUGCGUCAGGGGUCAUACCUGCAAAGAACGGUAACAACAUUAUUUGUGGGCUAACGGCAAUGGGAAACAAUACAGUGGAAGGCCUAAAGGCUGUUAACAGAAAACUGAUGAAAUUGCGACUUUAUGCACAGAAAACCAGGUAUGCAGUGGGUUAUAAAUCGGCCCAGAAUGGAGGGGACUGCGCCAUAGAACGAGAGAAAAGUUACUGAUGGGUCCUACAAUGUAACCCAUGCCAUUCAGUCUAUAAAGAAACAGCUAGAUGACUUCAGGGAAGGUCUUAAGACAGGAGAGAUUUGGUUAGGAUGGUUGCUAGGAGGACCUUGGGAUGCGGGGGCUAAUCUACUACAUGGGCUGAUUGUUUUCUUUGUAAUAAUUGUUGUGUGUUGUGUGAUGAUGAACUGCCUAAAUACUGGCUGUAGAAUUUUCACGGAGAGGCUGAUGACGAUGCUCUUUUCGACCCCCGUUUAUUUGGUAUCAUGGAAUGAUAAAAGGGGGGAAUGAUAAUGGAUAGGGAAAGUUAGGUAGAGGGAUACGUAAAUAGGUGGAUGGGCUGGGGGACAAUGAUUGGCUUAUGAUCAAUUGUCUUAUAGUUACUUUAUGUUGCUGAGUAGUCAGAAAGAAACUCGACCCAGCAACAUGUGACGUAUUAGGCAUUUUCUCUAAAAGUGCAAAAUAUAACUAAAUAUGGGUAUAGAAUGAUUAAAGGAGUAUCUCAAGGCAUAGCUAAAAUUGGGAAAGGAUGUUUCGAGAGAAGGGUGAAGUGUCGUCUUUGCGAGGUGCCAAUAUAGGUAACUACUGUUGCUCCAAGAUAGCUUUGGCAAAAAUACAUGUAAACUAACCAAUAAUGAUUUUACAUCUAAUUGCACAUUAACAUGUGAUCGAAACUAUUCUAACAUUGUUUGAAUUCGCGUAAUUGUAAUAUUUCCUGCGACUAAUGUUAUAAAAACUGUAGAAUUGUAAGUCGGGGUGGAAUUCCCAGACUGGCUCCUUGAUUUGUCUGUAAUU